AUGGCGUCGUAUCUUCUAUUGCUUCUGUCCCUGGCUACUUCUGGCUCUUGGGCACAGAGUACGUCUGACAGCGGCUUGGUUCGUCGUGAUAAUAACACGACUUCCCCAAAUCCGGGAUCAUGCACUAACUCAUCCAUGGGUCCUGUGGUUGAUCUGGAUUAUGCUCUGUACGCGCCUCAGAUUGCCACCUCACCAGACGAGCGAACAUACUACAACUUCUCGAACAUCCGAUACGCAGCUCCUCCAGUCGGCUCGCUCCGAUUCCAAUUGCCUGAAGACCCAGUCAACAAUCGCUCUGCCGGCGUUCAGGAUGGCACGUACGGCAAGAUUUGUCCUCAGUCGUAUACUCCCUGGCAAAACUCCAAGCUCGUGACCGCUCCCCCGGGCGAGCUUGAGAGCGAGGACUGCCUUUUUCUCGAUGUGGUGGUCCCGGACACAAUUUGGAAUCAACGCUGCAACUCGUCCCGCCCUGUGAUUGUGUGGAUUCACGGCGGUGGAUUCCAGAUUGGCGCAAAAUGGGGUGGGCCUAUGACGAACCCUCUGGGCCUGCAGGAUCGCAGUUUCGAUGAGGAUGGCGAAGGCGUCAUUUGGGUAGGAUUCAACUACAGACUUGGCGCUUUGGGUUGGCUUCAAGGCGAAUCAUUCACCUCAGCCGGAGGAGUGCCUAAUGUCGGAUUCCAAGACCAGCGCAAGGCCCUGGACUGGGUGCAGAACCACAUCCAUCUCUUCGGUGGAGAUGCCUCUCGUGUCACAAUCAUGGGUGAAUCUGCGGGCGGUGGUUCUAUCCUCCACCACAUCACCGCAUACGGCGGCAAGAAGGACGCUCCGCACUUCCAGCAGGCCAUCCUACAAUCUCCAGCCUAUGUGCCACGUCCGUAUGCCUCUCAAGCCGAGAAGUCGUUCGCUACUAUCCUCGAAGCCGCCAAUGUUUCGAGCCUCGCAGACCUUGUAGCCCUCGAUACCUACGACCUCCAAAUUGCCAACAAGCUCUCGCAGAAUUCCGACUUUUUCGGUACUUUCCAGUUCGGGCCCGCACCGGAUGGAUCUUACGUUCUAGAUUUGCCUGAGAAGCUGCUAGCGAGCGGCCAGUACCACAAGGACGUCAAGGUGAUGGUUGCACACAACACCUUCGAGGGCCAGAAGUACACGGAUCCCGCUGCGACCAACUCGUCCGCCUUCGAUACCUACAUGAAGCUCUACUUCCCUGACAUGCCCGAGGCAAUCCUCGAAGAAUUGUCAAACGAGGUGUACCCCGCGGUAUAUAACGACAGCUCAGUCCCAUGGACGACUCCCUUCGACCGGCUCAUGUACGCCGUCGCAGACUUCACAUUCACAUGCCACGCCUACUUUACCGGCGAGGCUCUGGGUACGGACAACAACAAUGCCUCGGCGUACUCGUAUCUGUUCAGCGUGCCACCUGGAACCCACACGCUCGAUGUCAACUACUCGUUCUACAUCAACAGCACGUGGAGCACCCUCGUGACCAACGCGACUUUGGCUGGGAUAUUGCAAGGCUACCUCACGAAGUUUGCAGAGACUGGGGAUCCCAACCGUGAGGAGCUGCCCACAUUUCCCAUCUAUGGUGAGGGCUUCACGAAUUUGAACCUAAAUCAGACCUUUGUAAACGUGGUGAAAGACCCAGCUGCCAAUUCCAGGUGUGAUUGGUGGAGGAAGGCUUCAUACGCCUAA